AUGUCUCAGAAGCGUCCUAUUGACAUGGAUGGUCAAGAUAUAGGGGUUCAGAAGACUUCUGAUAUCCUUAGUAGUCUCAUGAGGUCUAGGAAACGAAGUAAAAUGACACAAACAGAAACCCCAGGUUCACAAACCUCAGGGUCAGAUUCGGGAUCAGGAUCACAAUCAGAAUCAGAAUCAUCAGAAUCAGAAUCAGAAUCAGACACAGACGAAGAUAGUGACAAUGAGCAACUCCCUGCGCAAGCUGGGGUCAUAGAGAAGAUCACACUCAAGAAUUUCAUGUGUCAUGACUCAUUUGAAUUGGAAUUGGGCCCCAGACUUAAUUUCAUUAUAGGGAGAAAUGGUAGUGGGAAGAGUGCUAUCAUUACAGGGAUCUCCGUGGGACUUGGUGCUAAGGCUAGUGAUACCUCUAGAGGGUCAGCUAUUACUGAUCUUAUUAAAGAUGGGAAAUCUACUGCCAGGAUCAUCAUCACUUUUAAGAAUAAUGGAGUCGAUGGAUUUUACCCCGAUAAGUACGGUGACAGGAUCACCAUAGAGAGACGGUUAAGCAGAGAGGGUGGGUCGUCGAAUUAUACCAUCAAAGAUAGUACGGGGAAGACGUUUUCCACUAAGAAGUCCGAUAUAGAUGAGAUCCUUUUGAAGUAUAACAUUCGUGUGGAUAAUCCUUUAUCGUUCUUAUCCCAAGAUAAGGCCAGAGAGUUCCUCACUGCCACCAGUGAUGAAGCCAAGUUCCAGUAUUUCAUGCAAGGAGUGUUGGUUACCGAUAUCAUCAAUAAUCACAAACAGACGUCGAAUCACGUAUCGGAGAUCAAAGGGAAACUCUCGUUAGCUAAAGAGAACCAAGUGAUAGCUAGGGAGAAGCUUGCAGAACUGAUCAAACAGCACAAUAGGUUUAAAGAAUCGGAUGAAUUACGGAGAAAAGUUGAUCUCCUUCAAGGGAAGAUUUUCUGGUAUAACGUGUAUAGGAUCGAACUCGGGAUCAAGAAAUAUGAAGAUAUCAUAGCUGCUGGUGAGGCCGAACUUCAAGCCAUAGAUAAAACCCGUGAACAUAAUAAAGAAAAAAGUCGUGCGCUUACCACGAAAAUUCAAGACAGUAAGACGGAGAUAGAGACGUUAAAGGAUAGGCUCGUGAAUAUAGUGGCGGAUAUAGCUUCCACUACCAAGAGUCAUGAAGAUUUAAAACGAAAGAAAGAUGAUCUUGAACAAGAAAUCAAACGGAACAAGGAUUCUAUCGAUACUAACACGGUGAAGAUCCAAGGGUUCGAACAGGAGAUCGUGGCAGAACAAAUGAAGAUCGACCAAAUCAACGGAGGUUCGUUUGAGGAACUUAACCACAAAAAGAAUCAACUUUAUGAACAAAUCAAACAAUUGAAAGAUGACAAAGAUGAUAAGAACCGUCAGCUAGAAGAACUCAAUGGUGAAGGAGUAAUGCAACAACUUCGGGCCAAAAUCACUGAGGAACGAGAGUUAGCCAACGCUAUCUCUGAUGAUAAGGAUAGAAUUCGAACUUUGAAUGAAAGUAAACGAGAUAGAUACAUUGCAUGGGGUAGUACGAUGAAACGACUUGUUCAGCACAUUGAUUCUAUCAAUAGUUGGCACCAGAAACCUCUUGGACCUAUAGGAUCAUUGAUUAAUGUUAAGAAAGAUUACACAAACUGGAAGAGUCUUCUUAAUACAGUGUUAAGUAGAACGUUGGAUUCAUUCUUGGUGUCUGACGAACAUGAUAGGAAGAUGUUGUUGGAGUUAUUGAAGAAAUAUAACGUUUCUAAUGGGAUCAUCGUACGGAAAUUCGAAACGUUUGAUUUCCAUGGAGGUAAACCUGAAGAUGAACAUAUUACAUUUGUGGAUAUGAUGAAUUUCCACAAUGAGUUUGUAUUAUAUACGUUGAUAGAUUUCAAUUCUAUAGAGAAAUCCAUCAUCACCAAUGAUCAGAGAUUGGCCAAUAAGCUCGUGUCGGCGAGAAAUGUUCAAAACGUCUAUUCUUUGACCAGUGGUACCACCGGACAACGGUCUUAUGGGGAUGUGAAUUCAUUUUCUGUGGACCCGGUGUUUUUCAAUACCCGUCAAGGGAUGAAAUUAUCUAGUGGGACAUCUAUGGACGGGAUCGAUGAAGAGAUGAGACAAUUAGAACGAUCGAUCCACGAUAAACAACGGGACCAAGGUCAAUUAGCUGCUGAUAUAAGACAAUUUAAAAUUGAACAGGAAGAGAAAAAGGCUCAAAUCCGGAACCAGAUCAAUGGGAUCACUAAAACCAUCAACCAGCUCACCAAUGAGGUGACUGAGAUCGAACAAGGGCUUGAUGAAGGGACGGUAUCGGCUAAAAUCGAUUCCUUAAGGGCCAGGAUCGAUGAUUUAAACCAACAAAAUACCCGUUGUAGUAAUAUUUUGAUCUCCAUUGGUGAAGAUAUGAGUAAUAUGGACACCAUUAAGGAGACUAAGGCCAUCAGACACAAACUUAAGCAGUUACAACUUACAGAACGAGAAAUCCUUGGUCAAACGGAAUCUUUGGAACAAGAAGUUGAAAGUAUGAUGGAUGAAUUGACAGUAAUGGAUGGUGAAGAUAAUAGAAAUGUCAUCAAGGAAGCACAAAUCCAUGAAACCAUUCAGAAACGUAAGGAGAAGAUCGUUGUAUCGCAACAAAAGAAGGAAGAAUUUCAAACUCGUGGUGAAACUUUCUGUCAAAGAGAGGAUGUGCCUAUAACUGAAGCCGAUAGUUCAGAAACCGUGGAACAAGAGUUUAGAAUCGCUCAGAAAGCUUUGGAAGAAGCAGAUAAAUUAACAGGUAUGAGAUAUGAGGAUAUUCAACAAGAAUUGUUACACAAUAAUCAACUUUGUGAACAAAUAGAUGAACAAGUGAAUAAUCUUCAACAAUUAUUUGAUGGUUUACAAGCAGAUUUACUUCAAAGAUUAUCAUUUUUGCGGAGAACCAUCUCCAUCAACAUCCAAGAAGCUAAAACCUCGUUUGAAAAUGCUUUGGAUGUUAGGAAAUAUAAGGGGAAAUUGAUUGUAGAUAAUCAAAAUCAAAAGGUUACGAUGUUAGUAGCACCCCAGGAAGCUAGUCAGGUCAGAAGUGUGGAUUCUUUAUCGGGAGGGGAGAAAUCUUUCACUCAAAUAGCUUUCUUAUUAUCGAUUUGGAAGAUUAUGAACAGUAAGAUUAGAGGAUUAGAUGAGUUUGAUGUUUUUAUGGAUUCAAUGAAUAGAACGGCAUCAAUUAAUUUGUUGUUGAAUGAGUUGAAGAAGGUUCCACAGAGUCAAACUAUUCUUAUCACUCCCCAGGAUAUUACUACUAUUGCUAGUAUUAAUGAUGAUGUUAGGAUUCAUAGGAUGAGUAAUCCUCGAGGAGAUUAA